AUGGUUGGCAAUGCCCGGGACUCGGAGUGGAAACGGCUUCGCACAGUAAUAUCGCCCACAUUUACGACCGGAAAACUCAAACGAAUGACUCCUUUAAUCCUUGAAUGCGUGGACACUAUGAACGAAAACAUCGACAAAAUCAUCGCCAAAAAUAACGGUCAACUCUCGGCACCGGUAGACAUGAAACGAAUUACCGGAGCCUAUGCUAUGGAGGUUGUAAUACAAGUGGCUUUCGGUUGCAAAGUGUCGGCUCUGAUUGAACCAAAUAACCCUAUCAUAGAAAAUGCCCUUACGCAAUUUUUCCGCGACUUUUCCCUCACUUUAAUCGACGACAGAAAACGUGGUUUAGAAACCGGAAGUCCUGUAAAACGGGCCGACUUUUUGCAAUUAUUGUUGGAUUCAAUGAAAAAUAAUAAUCAGGCUAUCGAUGGGUCCGAUGAAUAUACGGAUAGUAAGAGUGCAGAGAAAUAUCGGGAAAUACAGGCCACGGAUGAUAUGACCGAUAAAAGUCUUACAAACGAUGAGAUUAUAUCCCAAUGUGUGCUGUUUUUAAUGGCCGGGUACGAGACCUCUGCCACCACCCUGGCCAUGUGUUUGUACAGUAUCGCUAAACACCCGGAUGUACAGCAAAAACUAUACGAAGAAAUCACGAAAUUUACUGAACAGCAAUCAAGUGCCGAUCCGUACGAAGCGUUUUACGCAUUGAAAUACAUGGACGCAGUCAUCGACGAAACCCUACGGCUAUUCCCUGCGGCCAUAUUCCUUGAGAGGGUCCCCAAUGAGGACUACGAGCUUAAGGGCACCGGUAUUACCAUCAAAAAGGAUCACGUGGUGCACAUCCCAACCUACGCCAUACACAGAGACCCGGAUAACUUUGUCGAUCCAGAGGUGUUUAGACCGGAGAGGUUUUUAUCGGAAAACAUAGCCCAUAAUCCUUAUACGUAUUUACCAUUUGGUGCCGGCCCUCGAAAUUGUCUGGGUAUGAGAUUAGCUCAGUUAGAGGUUAAAUUAGCCCUGGUCAAUCUUGUUCGUCGAUAUGUUUUUUACGCAACAGAGAAACCCUUGGAGUUAGGUGUGGCCAUUGGUAUCAUAAAACCCAAAUCUGUUGAUUUAAGGAUUAGUAAACUUAGAAAAUAA